CCUCAAAAAAAAAAAAAAAAGAGAAGAAAAGAAAGCAUUUGGUAAAUAAAUUACUGCUUACCAAACACCAGGAUGUCUUUGUAUUUUUUCUAUUAAGGUGACCACAUCAGGCACAGCAGCAAUUAAGGGAGGAGACACCUUGUUUAGUUCUCAAUAAUCUACUGUCAUGUAUCAGAAGCCAUCACUUUUUUUAACAUGCCAAAUAGGAUUAUUCCAUUCUGUGGUUAUGGGUAUCAAUACUUUAGUGUUAAGAUAUUCUUGAAUAGUAUCUGAAAUUUCCUCUUGACCCCCUGGAAUUUUAUAUUGCCGCAUAUGUACAACUGAGGUGGCAGGGGGUAGUUCCACCUUGUGUUUAAUACAUCCAAUGAUGACAGAAAGGUUAAAGUAUGUCAAGGAACGUAUCCCAAAUUGAUAUUGUCCAUCUGUUAACUGUGAUGUUAAUCCCUUUAAAAUGUCGAUGCCAAUUAUAUAUUCUGGAAUUGGAACUAUCAUCACCAGAUACGUUUGCUUUGGUAGCUGUCUUAUCUGUAUGGUCAAACGUGUGCCUACUGCAGAAAUUUCUUUUCCUUCUAAACCUGUAAUACGAAUUUUUUGACCUCUAAAUUUUGUAGGAUUGCCAUAAAUCAGGGUGGCCUCUGCCCCCAUAUUCACCAAUGCUCGGGUCACUGUUGUUGAACCAUUCUUCCAAAAAAUUGUUAGAGCUCCAUGAGGAUGGGCAUCCGUUUUAACAGCAGCCCUAACCUCCUGUACAGUGGUUUGGCCCUCAUGUCAAGCUAAUAAAUCAGCAAAAAGAGGGUCAGCCGAGGGGGUUAUAUUUCGUUUACUUGGGGGUACCUCCUUUUUCUCUGGUGGAAUUCCUCCUGAGGCUUUUUGUACAUGCAAACCCUUUUCCUUGAACAAACGCCACAGAUCCCUAGUUUCUGCCCCAUCAACCUGUUCUUUAGGAACCCCUGCCUGUAGAAGGGCUGACAACAUAUCCUUCUGAGAAAUUCCUUCCUUUCGGUUUUGCAAGUCCUCUUGGCGACUGCCAACUUCCUCAGAAGCGUUUGCUCAAUCUCCGAAAUCUCCUAAUUGUGAAAUCUUUUCCAAUACCUCUGAAAUAAUGGUAUCAGUUUCCUUUAACAAUAGUGUCAUAAUGACUUGUUUAUAGGCGUUUAUAGGCAUGUGGAGCUGUUUUGAUGAUACGAUUACGUAUUUGGACACUAAAAGGCAUAUUUGCCAAUGCAUCCGCCACUCCCAGAAAAAAAGGUCACUUCAUCGCCUCUUCCUUGAUCCGUUGACAACAAUCCCUCAAGUUCAUCUCCCAAACGCCACUGGACUCAGGCCCAGUUCUGGGAUGACUAUGGAGAUCCUGAUGUUUCCAAAUGUACAUCCUGGUAACCUGUGGCUGCUUCAACCACUGACCGUUUUGCUACUGCUGGCUUCUGCAGACAGAGGAGCUGGUCUCCCGAAGGCUGUGGUGAGCCUUGAGCCCCCAUGGAUCAACGUGCUGCAGGAUGAUUAUGUGACUCUGAAGUGCCAGGGGGCCCAUACCCCUGAGGACAACCCCACUCAGUGGUUCCAUAAUGGGAGCCCCAUCCCGACCCAGGUCCAGCCCAGCUACAGCUUUAAGGCCCAAAACAAUGACAGUGGAGACUACAGGUGCCAGACGGGCCACACGAGCCUCAGUGACCCUGUGCAUCUGGAUGUGAUUUCCGACUGGUUGCUGCUCCAGACCCCUCGCCUGGUGUUCCAAGAGGGGGAGCCCAUCCACCUGAGGUGCCACAAGUUGCAAAGCAAGCGUCUGUUCAGGAUCACAUUCUUCCAGAAUGGAAAAUCCCUGACGUUUUUCCAUAACACUUCCACCUUCUCCAUCCUACGAGCAAACUGCAACCACAGUGGCGAGUACCGCUGCUCAGGAACUAUAGAUCGGAUGCAGCUCUCGUCACAGCCUGUGAAGAUCACUGUCCAAGGUCCGGCAACUGUAUUCUUCUUUCUACAUUGGUUUCAAAUCGCUUUCUGCCUGGUGAUGGGACUCCUGUUUGCAGUGGAUACAGGGCUGUAUGUUUCUGUGCAGAGAGACCUUCCAAGAUCAGUGGGAGAUGGGAAGAAUUGCAACGUGAGAUGGAGCCAGAGCCCUGAAAACAAAUGAGGUCUGGGCCAAGGAGACUCCAACCACCCUUGUGACCUGUGAUCUUCAGAGCUAAAUGCCAACAGGCCACACCCUGACUGAGCUCCUGAAGGUCAAGGCACAGUCCAGCCCACCUAGCUUGACAAGGACUCACAGCAAAUGUGUUUUCAUAGCCCCUAAACAGAGGCUCCUCAAAUCUAGAAAAACUCAGUAAAUCCUGCCUCUCCUUUCAAUCAAUCCAGCAAUCUGAGCGCUUCUCAGGACUGUACUACCAGCACCUCGGUCCAAGCCAGCAUCAUGUCUCACUUGGGUUACUGCAGUAGCUCCCUGACGGGUCUCCCUACACUCACCCUGCCACCCUACAGUCGAUUCUCACCACACCGGCCAAAGUGAUCUUUUUAAGAUGUGUGUUGUCUCUUUCCCUUCCUUGCUCAAAGCCAUGCCAGAGCUCCCCCUUGCAAUUAAGAGGAAAGCUAAGACCUUUGGAACGUUCUACUAGGCGCUACAUGAUCUUGCUCCUCACUGCCUCUCUGACCUCAUCUCCUGCUCUUCCUUGCUUCCUUUAACACACGAAUUCUACUUCUGCCUAGGGCUUAUGCUAUUUCCUGUUUCUGGAAGGUUCUUUCUUACAGAUAUCUACAUCGUACUUCAUUAUGAUCUUUCCUCAAGUGUCACCUUAUCAGUGAGGUCUCCUUGAUCCUUUAGUAUAAGCCCAGUCUCCCACCAUCCCCUAAUCCCCUUGUUUAAUUGUUUAAUUGACAAUUGUUUAAUAAACAAUCUCUUGUGUAAUUGUU